CCUUCUGGUGUUCAUGGCAGACUUUUCGUAUGGGAUGUCUCACACUCUUCACUCUGUUGUGGAUGAAGAUAAAUCUCUGAACAGAGUGAAACCAGCUGUGGUUUUCACUGACUUUGGUUUUCAUGACAAUGGAAUUUUUCCUCCCCACGAUAGAAAGAAAGAACCUCUUCCUCAGCCUCCUGCUCUGCUACAGCCUGUUCAGAGCUGCUGAUUCCCACUUGGUCAUUGAGGAGAAGACAGAAUGUGACCUGUCCAGCAAAAUGGACCUCUCAGAUCUUCCACCCAUCUCCAUAGUAGAUUUAACUAGAAGAUCCCAGAAAGUCAGCAGGAAAGAGGCAGAGAACAGGAAAUCUUCCCAGAAAAAGGCUGAACACAAGGCAUCUCUGAAGCCAAGGCCCCCGCCUGCUGCUAACUGUGUGCCAACCUUCAAAACCUGCAAGCCACACUUGAAUUCCUGCUGUCACUACUGUGCUUUGUGCAAGUGCCGCAUCUUCCAGACGAUCUGCAGCCAUGUCCAUAGGAAUCAGCUCCUCAGCCCUUCUUCUCCUGCUGCCAAGGACACUGCGUGUAUAGAGCCCAAAAGCAGGAAGACAUAUCUGAGACUUUGAGGAGGAAAGGAAAGAUCAGCAAAAGAUGAAUUUAUAUCCCACAUGUGCAUCUUGAAGCAAACCAUUCCAAGCAAUCAACCCCUUUCUUUGCCCUUUCUUGUUCUUCUCCCAGAACCAACUCCAAGGGUGAAUUCAGGCAGGAAUGUCCAUGUGCUGCAGCAACCAGGGGAAAAAAAUACAUCACAUGCUGUAUCAAGCCUUUAAGGCUCAGAAAGAGAUGAGUGAAGCUCAAGGCAACAGAAGAUUUUUUUUCUCUUGUUCUUGAAGUUCUUUGCCUUAAAUUUGAGGUAUCCAAGAGGGCACAGGAGGAAAACCUUUCUUGGUUAAACUCCCAGGAGAGCAAGGAGGGAGCAGACCCAGGAAGCAUCCCUGACAUUGAAGACACUUUAUCUGCCAGACUCCAGCUCUUGCUGUUUACCUCCUCUGUUCUGUACCUACAGUGUCUCUCCCCUGCUCCCAUACACUCUUUUUACUUCUGUGCUACUUCCUUGGUUUUAGCAUUUUUCCUUUAUCCAACUGCUAUUCCCAGUCACCACAGGAACACUCCAGGGCUAACCCACAUCUCUCAUGUUCUCUCCACCUGCCUGCACCAGGGUCUCUUCCAGUGCUCUUUAGCUUUCACAAUCAGAUUUUUUCCUAACCAUGAAUUUCUAAUCCCAAUCAGGAAUUUUCUAAUCCCCUGUGUAGCUCUCAUUGAGAAGACAGUUGUUUCCUGAUUUAUUUCUAAACACAGCUGAGGGCUACAAAAAUCUUCCAGGCAGGAAAAGACAAUACAGAUGACUCCAAAGGGGCUCAAGCCACAUGAAGGGGUGUUUUUAAUUCUAAAAAUCAGUCUAAAGCCCAGAAUUCAAAACUAAGGUCGUAUAUUGACAAUAAUUUUUGUUCAUACUAGAUAUAUAUAUAUAGAUAGAUGUCAGAUUAAUCUAAUGAAGAGCCCGAAUGACAACAGAAUGUCAUUGUGUUCCUUUUAUAUGGUACAUCAAUUGAGAUGUCUGAUACAAGUUUGAAUUCUUGUAAAUACACGUAAGUGUGUCUUUUAACCAGAUAUCUUGGCUCAGGAAUCUGUAAGCCACUCAGUCAUUAUGGAAAAGGAGAUGAGAAGGAAGAACAAUACAUCACAACGGAUUUCAGAAAGUGGCCCCUUCUUUUACUAGGUAAAGAUUUAGGUUCCAUCAAAUUGUUUCAAAAUUCUCAUAACUAUAACAAACUGUUGUUGAUUGAUACUAAAAACAUACCAAUAAUCACAGUACUUCUUAUGUGGAAACAAGAUCAUUUUCAUACCAGGAAGUCCAACUGGUCAGAAAAAUCAUAUUUUACCAGGGCCAAGAGGAGUGGGAGCAGAGGGAAGGGAAGGAAGGAAGGAGAGUCAGAAAUCCAACAAACAGCUGCUCUAGACUGCAGCUCCCACUCCAGCUUUGCAGAACCUCGGAAUGGCUGAGGUCAGCAGGGACCUCUGGAAGCCAUCCAUCUGGACCUGCUUGCCCAGGACCACGUCUGGGCAGCUUUUGAACAUCUCCAAGGGGGGAAACUCUACCACCUCCCUGGGCAACCUGUCCUGGUGCUCGGUCACCCUCACUCACCAUUAAAACCAGAAAAGAGAAGUUUCCUAAUGUUUGACUCUCUCCAGUAUGUCCCUGUCUCUCUCGCACUGGGGAGCCCCAAGCUGGGCCCAGCAGUCCAGGGAUGAGCUCCCCAGUGCUGAGCAAGGAGGGAUCCCCUCCUCGACCUGCUGGUGACAAUGGUCCCAUCAUGGCCCAGGGCACAGUUCACCUUCUGGUGACCCUUGGUCAUCUUGGUGCUCACCAAAUGCUUCAGGGCCUUUCCUGUCUCCCAGCUGGGUGUUCCCCAGAGUAUCCUGGGGUUGUUCCUCCCCAGGGACAGGACUUUGUGCUCCUCCUUGUUGAGCUGUCCAGCCUGGCUCGGUCCCUCUGGACAGCAGCUCAUCCCUCUGGCACAUCAGCCACUGCUCCCAGGCCUGUGUGUCCGGACACCUCUGAGAGCUCACUCUGCCCCAUCAUCCACAUCAUUAAUGGAGAUGUAGCACAACAUGGGGCUCUCAGACAAGGAUAUCAAAGUGCCAAGACCCACCCAAGGACCUAAACACAUGGCAGCUGACCCAGCCAAGGACAGGAUGGCACCUGUAGGCAACAAAGGAAAAGGAAAAAAGCUGCUAAUGACAGUAAGGGGACUUUAUAAUAUAGUGUCUAUCUGUAGUGUAUUUUUAAAUUUGAUUUAUUAGUAAGUCUUAUUUGUAACUGGAAUUGAUUAGAAAGAGGCUUUGCUUUCCUUGCUGUUCAUCUAUCACACCAAAGAAUAUAUAUAAUGAAGUACUGAAAUUGUUAUUAGCCUUAGUGACUUGACUUUUCUGGGUAAAGAUCACAUUGCAUGAGGUAUUGACACAGGAUACAGAAAUCAGUAAAAUAUGUAUACCAAAUAUUUGCUUCAAUGUAUUUAAUUUGAGCAGUUAUUUAUACUGAGGGGACGUUUGUAAGCAUAGGAGUCCCCCCGGGGUCCCAUUUGAAAUGUUAUCAGCACACAGACGAUAAAAUAUGCACAUGACAGAGUAUUUAAUUUUUAUCUGUCACACACCAAAAUGUCUCCACUGAAAACUUAUUGGAAUUCAAGUGUAGAGACAGCGCCAGGAAUGCUCUGUGACAGAGUCAUUGUGCCC